UUGAUAUUUAUUUCAGAUCUUGGAUCGCUCCAGCUCAGAGAGGUGAUAACAUCAAAGAGCAAAGUUGAUCCCAAUGACCGAGGAGCAAAUUUCACCAGUACUAUUGAUAGGAAGGAUUUGGGUCAGAUGCUUCUUUCCUGGAACCCUCCCAGCUGGUUCGAGUCCUACGGUUCCGUCAGAGAUGACUCAUUGAAUCCAUCUUUAAGGUCUUCAAGAGUAACUGCGGAUCCAGUAACGAAGGUAAAGGACUACGAUAACCUGGGGCCUACCUCACGAAACCAGCUCUUUGUGACCUGGCAGCGGGUGCACUCACAGUCCUUGCGACCAUGGCCUUGUGAUAAGAGCUCCACGAAAAUUGGUCUACGACGUAUAGGUCAGGCCGAUCUGCCACCCAUAACAUUGGCAACAUCGAGAGCCAAUCAGACGCCCGAGGUCGUGAUGAUCAAGUUGGAUCAGCUGGAGAUAUACUCUACUUAUUCGGUUCGUCUGACAACUUCCGAGAAGGCAAAUUCAACAAGUGAUGCCAGCCGCCAAAAUCUGAACGGAAUUCUGGUGGACAUUCUUCCUGCCCAAAUCGCGUCGACAGUUCUUCAAGCUCCACCAGUGCGUUCUCCUGGCCGGCCGUAUGCCCUUCGAGUGUGGCCAGACAGCCCUGAAGCUGCGUUACGCUCUAAUUUCCUGUCAGAGCUACUCCAUCUGCAGGAAUCUGGAGACUCUACACCCUUCUUCAUCACUGCCAGCGUCCUACUAACCUGGAGGCCAGCAACCCGUGAAAUACUCUCAAACAUUAACCACCAAAAGCCGAACAAGUCUGGGCGUCUAGUCUGGCCGGGGCCGAACCCCUCAAAUGCAGCCUGGCAGCAAACAGACUAUCAACUGAGGCCUGGAAACAACACUUCGCAACAGGAAAACAGAAAAGAUAGGCUGCCAAUGGAAGCCUUGACAAGUGCCUGGAUCGAAAUAGAGCAUGACUCUCAAUUGGAGCCCCCAAUUUACUCGGCUCAUGUGAAUUCAUACCUCCUGCAGGCUGCUCAUCUAUCAAGUUACAAGGCAACAGUUGAACACCAUAGUCGCAAAGAUGGCAAAACUGAUGACGGUUCUACUGGUGACAAAGGUAACUAUGAUACACCGGCCGAGGUUGACUGGAUCAACGUGCUCCCGAGGCCAAAGAGAGGUGACGAAAAUGGAUUUCUUGUUCAAGGAUUAAACUUCUCAGCUGUAUAUAUAUUCCGCGUGAUCGGGAUAACGGAAGCUGGACUCAGUCCGCCCAGUCCCAUCUCUCCGCCCGUUUAUACGCCAUUCUUUAUGCCAUCAAGAGCGCCAGCCAUUCUUCGUCUCAGCGAGGAGUCACAUGAGGUCUGCAAAAGGGCUCGCAAGGUGAAAAAAGCCAUUGGACUGGUCAUUCAGGAGAGAACCCAAGACGACUAUGCAAAUACAGCAACAGUCUACAACAAUGAUGGGCGGACUGGGGCAAAUAAAACCUGUUGGCUCGUCGAAUGGACGGCAAGUAUUAUGGAUGGGAUCAAGAGAUGUAAUCUAAUUAAAGGCCAGGGCAUAAAGCCAUUUUAG